UCCCCCUCUCUCUCUCUCUCUCUCCCUCACUCAAAAUUUACAUUUAAAAAUAGUGCCGUGUUGGAGAGUGCAGCGGUCUUAGAAUAUGAUGGCAGCAGAAAGGUUUUGGAUAUUUUCUGGAGUUGUAAUUAUUCUUGGGGGUUUGAUUGUUCACGUGCGGUGUAAUGAGGAGAGUGAGCUCAUCAGCAAGUUGUUCAAGAACUACAACAAGAAUAUCCGCCCCGUGGUUCUCCCUGUCGACAAGGUGGAGGUCCAGAUCAAGCUGACCCUCACUAACCUCAUCUCUCUGAACGAAAAGGAGGAGACGCUUACAACCAACGUGUGGAUUGAAAUUCAAUGGUCUGAUCCUCGCCUCGCGUGGAACACUUCUGACUUCUAUGGCAUCGAUAUCAUUCGUGUCCCGUGUAACACGGUUUGGCUUCCAGAUAUUGUCCUUGAGAACAACAUCGAUGGAAACUUCGGUGUGGCCUACUAUGCUAAUGUGUUGAUCGACAGCUCUGGCUGGAUGUACUGGCUACCUCCUGCUAUCUAUCGCAGCACAUGUGCCAUUGAGAUCACCUACUUCCCGUUCGAUUAUCAGAACUGCACGUUAGCGUUCAGAUCCCAGACGUACAGUGCCAAAGAAGUGGACCUCAUCUUGGCUGUUGAAAAUGACAAGACUGUCGAGUGGGUGGACAUCGACCCUGAGGCGUUCACAGAGAACGGCGAGUGGGCCAUCGUCCAUCGUCCGGCCAGGAAGAUGAUCAACAAGCGGUAUUCCCCAGACGACUUGGAGUACCAGGAGAUCCUGUUUAAUCUGAUUAUCCAAAGGAAGCCCCUCUUCUACAUCAUCAACGUCAUCUUGCCCUGCUCCCUCAUCUCCUCACUGGUCGUACUGGCCUACUUCCUACCUGCACAAGCUGGAGGACAGAAGUUGACUGUUGCCAUCUCUGUGCUGCUGGCUCAGACUGUCUUCCUCUUCCUUAUUGCCCAGAAAGUUCCUGAAACGUCUCUUUCUGUUCCUCUCAUCGGCAAGUACCUCAUCUUUGUCAUGUGUGUCACGACUCUCAUUGCCACUAAUCAGAUUGUGGUGCUGAACUUCUCCCUGCGCAGCCCCAGCACUCACACCAUGUCGCACACCAUCAAACAUGUGUUCCUCGAGAUGGUGCCUCGUUUCCUGGGCAUGUCCCCACUGGUGGACGACAGUGAGGUGACAGCGGAGGUCAACGGAGUGCGGGAGCGGCGGCGCAGCUCCUUCGGCCUCAUGCAGAGGGCAGAGGAAUAUGUACUCAAACAACCUCGCAGUGAAAUGAUGUUUGACAAGCAGAGGGAGAGGCACGGCCUCACGCGAUCCAUUGUGGAUAAUGUAGAUGUCAGCAGCACAGCGAACCUUUAUAAGAGUUUGGCCCAAGCUGCGCCUGAGAUCAAGCAAUGUGUGGAUGCGUGCAACUUCAUAGCUGAGAGCACGAGACAUCAAAAUAGCAUUGGAUCAGAAAUUGAAAGCUGGGUACUGAUCGGGAAGAUGAUUGACAAGGUGUGUUUCUGGGCUGCCAUGCUCCUCUUCAUCAUUGGCACAGUUGGGAUCUUCCUAACAGGACACUUCAACCAGGUGCCAGCGUUUCCUUUUCCUGGUCUGACUAAACAAUUUGCUCCGACAUAGGAGAGUUAACGACGAGAAGAAUACUUUCGCUCUUUUCCAGUGGUCACUUUACCUCACGCUGUCUUAUAAGUCUGGGGAUUCUUGCUCCUUAAAUCCUGGUCUCAGUGUCAGGGUUCAGUUACGGCUGUGCAACCGGAUCAGAUCUGUGUGUUCAUGUCCACAGCUCAGACUUAUAAUUAUGACUGUUUGUCAUGCAGCUGAGGGUUUAUGUGCUUGUUGAAGUUCCUCUCAGUGUAAAUACAUUGAAUGUACUUAUACUUUGAAAGGGUGGAUUGGGUCUAGAAUUAUAGGGAUGUUUUGAAAUAGUAGAAGUACAAAAACAAUUAUUAUUUGUCUGUUUUGUACGACAAAGACUCAACAAUGUGAACUAAGGCAGGGGCGGCCUUGUGGGUGUUCUUCAGGGGAAACCUUGAAACCAGUUCCUCGCCAUGCUGAGAAAGUUGUUUUUACUGAAGCAAAUUAUUACUUAUGUAUAAAUUAUUAAAGCCAGUGGCACUGUGAAAAUUAUACUCAUGCAUAGCAGUAAACAGGAUUUGCUGUCCUUUAGUGCAAAUAUCUACUUAAAGGUGCAGUGGGUAAAAUUCAGAAACAUUUACGGAUGAAGUUGCAGCCGCAUAUCCAUCACCUCAUCUGUAACUUCCAAGUGUGUCAGAGAACAACAAUUCAUACCAUCAGAUGAUUUUACACUUAUAAAUAAAGUGUAAUUAUCUUCAAUUUCUACCAAAUGAAAAAUAAUUUCAUUUCAUUUUACACACUGGGUCUUUAAGUUUGUAUAAGUUGCUGUGCGUGUACUAUGUCUUAUAAAAAAAAAGAACCUUUCAGUCCAGAUUCAAAGACUCGUUCCUCUUUCUAUGACUUAUUUAUUAGAGGGUGUUGUUCAAAGUAGAUGACUUGGAGGAAUGUUGUUCCAUUGAAUGUUCCACAAUGAACGUUGAUAUCAUUGUGCCAUGUUAUGAAAUAAAUAUUUUAUUUUGUGCAUCGUGA